UAUAUUUCUUUCAGACAUGCACCUAGUUGCUAAGAAAGUACGAUAACAUGAGUAUUAUAUAUAAAAGUUUAAAAGAUCUGAUGUUCAGUGUGAAGCUAUAGUGGGCUCCAAAGCACGAGAGAAGUUUUUUAAUAUAGCUUUCAGCAAGGCAUAACUGUAGGCCAGCAAUUAUGCAACUAUAGGCAAAUCAUUUUAGAAGUUAAAGACAGCUAAUAGUGUAGAACAAUCCCUGAAAAUUUCAAGCAUGUAGGAUUUAAUAGUUCAAAAGUAAUGACUUAUGGAACUCAAGAAGAUACGAGCCAAAAAUUUUGCACACUAGUUGUUGGGUACAGUGACAUUAUUUACAUAAAGUGAAUCUGUUGACUGGACAUGGAAUUACCCAGGUGUGUUUCAGGUCUGCUCAAGAAAAAAGCAGAAGAAAUCUGCUUAAAAAAUAAAAUAAAAUAGUGCAGUAAGAUAUUGAUCUCAGGCUAUUCACUAUAUAUCCAUUACAUUUGUAAAUCACCUUUAACAACACACUUUCUUAAACAUGAAUCCUCCAUGUUUGUGUGGUUUUUCUGUUUUAUUUUUCAGAGUCAGAAAAAUCUGAAUUUAUCAGUGGAAAUUCUGUUCACAAAUCACAAACUGGUGAUUAUAAUAAACACAGUGUGUGUAAACCUGAUGGAGCUGGAGUUAAAUAAUAAUAAGUGAUAUAAUCUUUAUGAGUGUUUCAGGUCUCCAGUCAGCAGCAGGAUGUCAGACUCCUCUGAUGAAGAUGACCAGAGAAAAGCGGGGUCCACCAGCAGUGAGGACCAUCAUCAGACCUGUGUUCCUGCCUCCUGCUGGUCUGGAGGGAAAAUGUCCAACACACAAUGCUGAAUUCAUUAAAAAUCCUGAUUCCUUCAGUCACCAAAGCUCUAAGAUCCAGACUUAACAUUUUAAAACGUUUGACACUGAGUGGACUCACUGCUGCACCUGCAGCACGCUUGCACUGUACACUCAGGUGUUGAUGUAUUAAAAUCCAAAUCUCCCAGUACACAGUUUGAGUUUACACUGAUUUUUCACUCUAUAUAAACUUUUAAUAUUGAUUAUUGAUCAGUGACAGAUUAAAGAUGUUCUCUGUGACUGACAGGAUGUGGGCAGAGUCUCAGCCAGGUCCAUCCAGGUGUCAGCCCAGCAGACAGGGUUACUGUGGAUACUGCAGAGUCCUCUACAACAACCUGGACCAGCAUCUGUCCAGUCUCAGACACCUGGAUUCAGUCGGGGCAUCCUCCAGAGGCUCCAGCACCCUCUCCUCUGCCCGCAGCAGCCGGGCCAAACUAACCCUGCUGGAGCGCUUCCUGCAGGACGUCCUGCAGCACCACCCACACCGCUACAACGACCCCAGGCCAUCCCACGCUGACCUCCCAUCAGUCUCCGCCCCUCCGUUGCCAAGGGCGGAGCUUGAUGAACUACGUUUCUCUGACGAGGACAACCAGUCGCUGGGUACCAGAGAACACCUACCCAGCUCUGACAACGCAUCCUGUCAGCCAGCCAAUCAGCAGGAAGGCGACAGCACCCGCAGCCAAUCAGGAGAGGGAGUCACAGAGGGGCCCAUUCGGGAUAGGCUGUCUGCAUCAAUCAGAGGGCGGGAGGACAUAGGGCCUGCCCCCACAGGACAUACACACUCACCACAACCCCAAGCCCCACCCCCGCAGUCUAAGGCCCCGCCCUCUGUUCAUAGGAAAGCCCACAGGAAGACCAACAGGAGGAAAACCAGCGAGUCCUCAUCCUCCUCAUCUCCCCCCAGAGGCCCAGGCCAGGGAACGGGGAGAGGACCGGGGCCAGGGCCCAAAGACCUGAAGCCCUGGCUGAGCUGGCAGAAGGAGAGGAGGGAUGCUCACAAAGAGGAGGCGUUCUCCUCGGACCAUAGCGACCCCGUGGAACAGACCAUCAUGGAGGUGAUCCAGAUGUGCUGUUAUGGUGUCAAUUCCACUCCCUGCCAGCAGGAGGAGGCCGAGAGCUUCCACUUCAGCCUUCCUGUCUCCACAGAAACACAGAGCGAUGACUGGGACUCACCUGUGCAGGUGGUGUUACAGCGAGCUCAGGCACUCAGGGACCAGAAGCCCGCACCCACACCUUUCCAGGUGAAUUUGGCAGAGGGACGGGACCUGGGCCAACUGAUGGACGUUCAGGUGGACCUGGAAGACCAGGUGUACUCAUACCAACUCGACUCCACCCUCCUCAGGCGUAAAGCAGUGGGCGGGGCCAGGCAGGAGCAGGGCUUCUGGACUCUGCCCAUAGAGCAGGUCCUGCCGGCCCCCGCAUACAUCCCAGAAUCCUUUAGGGGGAAGACCUGGGCCCAGAUUGAACAGGAGGACGAGGAGAAGGUGGACAAACUGGUCCGGCAGUUCAGACGGGGGAGAUUCCUCUGCUACUUCGAUAGUGAGUCUCUGGCCAGGUACGGUAGGAGGAGCCAAAACAAGAAGGGGCUUGGCGAGAACAAAGAGGCAGAGCCAAACACUAGUGUCUUGCCCUUAUUGGACCGUGAUGACGAGGACUCUCUGUAUGAGAGGAGGAGGAGGAGGAGGAGGAGGAAGACUCGGGGCUUCAGAGUGGCAUCCAGGUGUCAGGUGGUUAAAGUGAGUCACAGCACUCAGACCGUUCAAUUGGUUGUCCCAGCUGUCCGUCAGCCAGCUCCUGAGACCCUGCCCACCAGUGUCCCUGCCCCCAAUCAGGAUGCAGCAGAGAGGACACCUGAGUUGCAGACAUGGCGCUGCCUUCCUCUGUCGUACUCCAACAUCAUCACACCUGUGCAGCCUCGCACCUCUCUGGUCUACUUACUCUGUUCCUCCUCAGGCCCCGCCCCUGCCUGCACACCUGCAUCAGGCUCCGUCCCCAAACGUUGCAGGAAGAAGAGGCGUCCGCUAGACCUGCAGGGGUUAAAGGUCAAAUACAAACGGCUUCCUGUCAGAUUCUACGACCCCGGCACCAACCGCAUCCUGAAGAACCCACCCAAAGGCUUCUUGUGGCGCAGAAGUCCUGGCCCCUCAGGCCCACCGCCGCCCUGCGUCCGUCAACUGUUUCGAAGCCUGAGUCCAGACUUGAACACCGACAGAGCGCCGGGGGAGGGGGCUGCAGGGUCCUCUAGAGUCAAAGGUCAAACGUCAGCAGACACCCCCUUUAGCCAAAACAACAAAUUCCUCCUGAGCACGCUCAGUAGGGACUCGGCACAGGCCGAUACACAGGACGCAGCCAGGAGGCGGGGCAGAACGUCUAAAACCCCGCCCCCCCCACCUCACAGCCGGUCAGAGCGUGGGAGAAGAGUGAGGAAGGAGAGGACAUGCCCCCCACCCUCAAAGAGAAGAACAAGGGCACAGGCCAUGCCCCUGCAGCCCAGGAGAGAAGGUCUACGACGCACAGGACCCAGCAGGAAUGUCACCGGCUCCAGAGGCCCUGCCGUCCUGACCCCCACCCCACAUCACUCCCCGUCACCCCGCCGGGGAAGGGCUCGGAGGGGGCGGACCUGCGAGAGAGGUCGAAGGUAGCGAACACCUGAACAAGAAGCG